CCAGCCUCUGUAACGUUUACCACCCGCCGUCGUCGCCAUGGCCGGCCUCCAAGGAGUCGUCAAAAAAGCUGUUAACUUGCCGUGCACAGUGCGGUCACUGUCGUCCGGUGUGCCCAGCGCCCCCCUCCUGAACCUCGCUGUGCGAGCUCCCGCCGGGCAUGACCACCAUGGCCAUGGAGCGCCUGGCCCUCGCUCGGACGUCCCCUCCAAGUGGGUUGGAGGAGUUCAGAGGUCGUCGUCUUCCCUUCUGAGCAAGACGUAUGCUACCACCCCGUCCGUGACGUACAAGGGGUCGCGGUUAAUUCAUUCCUCUGCCCCUGCGAAGACUGAGAUCCCCAAGGUUCCCGACUUCUCAGACUACAGGGCACAGUCCGAAUCCACCAACCGUGCGCUCUCCUAUAUGAUGAUCGGUACUAUGGGUGUCCUCUCCGCCUCUGUCGCGAAGUCCACCAUCACCGAGUUCUUGGGCACCAUGGCCGCUUCUGCCGACGUUUUGGCCCUUGCAAAAGUCGAGUUCGACCUUGCCGCCAUUCCCGAGGGCAAGAACGUGAUCAUCAAAUGGCGCGGCAAGCCCGUGUUCAUCCGGCACAGGACUCAGGAGGAGAUCCAGGAGGCCCGGUCGGUCGACUGGAAGAAGCUGAGAGAUCCCCAGUCUGAUGAGGAGCGCACGAAGAAGCCGGAGUGGUUGGUCAUGUUGGGUGUCUGCACUCACUUGGGUUGUGUGCCCAUUGGAGAGGCGGGUGAUUACGGAGGAUGGUUCUGCCCUUGCCACGGUUCUCACUAUGACAUCUCCGGUCGUGCCCGCAAAGGUCCUGCACCCCUGAACCUCGAAGUUCCUCCCCAUGACUUCAACGAGGCGGAGGGCAAGAUCAUCAUCGGUUAAAUUGUUCCAGUGGGAGGGCAUAAUGUCUUGGACGCGAGUAGAGUAACAUAUGACUUGUGUAUCGGUCUACUUCCUAGAAUAAUUGAUAUCGAUACUACCCUCCGGAGCACGGGAUUGUGAUAUCAUCGCGUUCGAGCACUAUCUGUUUGGUCCGUACAUUCAUUGAUCGGCGGGGAUUCCCCGACAUUAGCACAGUAUGUACAUGCAGAGCUAUUUGAGGAGUACAAUAAUAAACGUUAUUGCAAGUAGAUCUGAAAGGCAUUGCCAUGAAAUGCUACACGGUGCAGGAUAAUGCUUGUGUCAAUACACGGUGCAAUGUGACUUAGAUGCCAAUAUACAGAUAUGCGAAAACAUUAGAAAAGAUGGUCGUGGCGUACUGCGUGGUACAACGCAUUCGGUGCGUAUGCGUCAUUAGUCGGGUCUUAAGAUAGGAGACGAAGAUGGCCACACGGUCAUGGCUUGGAGAAGCCAUUGGCCACGGCGUUGUACGUCCUGCUAGUAGUCCUAACGAGAGCAUUCUUCAUCAUACCCGCCCCUCCCUUACCAAGACUGCCGCUGGAGCGCCGCUUCGCCAGCACGCGCGCGACGAAGCCCUUCUUCUCCUUCUUCUCCUUCUCCUUGUCGGAGUCACUCUUGCGAUCCUGCUCAUUUUCCUUCACGACCUCCUUCACAGGGAAGUCCUCGCUCGGACGCGCACUGAUGCUCCCCGCG